CGGCUGUUGGCGGCGCGGGCCCGACGCGAGCGCGCGCACUUGGUCGACGCUCCGUAGCGCCGCCGGACUCGACGGGCCCCUCGCGGCUCGCGCGCGGACAGUCGACUCAUUGUGCGACCCCCCUCCCCCUGUCUUCCCGUCUCCUGGUCUCUGCCCCCGCUCCUCCCGGGAACGUGCUUGUGAUCGGCGGCGGUUCUCCAGAAGCUCUGACGUCCUGCCGGAGGUUGGUUUUGCCUUUUGAUGUGCGUGUGCGCGAGUGGAAUAUUCGAAACGGGGGAUUCCCCGAAAGUUGCCGAGUGUACUGUUGCUUAUGUAGAGUGGUUUUUUAUGACUGGCUUCCGGCGAGGGUGAAGCAUCGACGUGGGAUAUCGGUUCCGUGAAGUUCGUGUUGCGACGGAGUGCGUGUGGGAGGAGCGCGGUGGACGUGGGACGGUCGAGGAGACACGUCGCGCUCGGGGAGGGAAUUGAGUGAGUGUGUGAGGUGACAGCUGGUUUGACGCCUGCCUGGCUCGUCGCGAAGUCGUUCGUUGACGACGGCUCGUGACCGCCCGCGGGUGAAGGAACGACCGGGCGGCGGUGCCCAGGCGAUGGUAGUGGCGAGGGCCGCGAGCGCUGGAGCGUGUCGUCGCUGAAGAUGACUUCGGACAGCACGAGCGGGGGCGGCGGCGGAGGAGGAGGCGGUGGAGGGUCCACCAAACGGAUCAGCCGCUCCUUCCAGUCUUGUCUGCGCGGCGCGCGAUCUCCCGAUGAUGACGGGCCCGCUGAGGAAAACGAGCAAACAGUUGACAAGAACGAACGAAAAACCAAAAUCCGGCACUCCAUAAAGUAA